UAUUCGUUCGGCUUCCGUACAAUGACAUGCGAUAACGCGGAAGCUUUGCGGGGCGUGUCAGCUUGUAAAUAAUAAAAGUGAAGCUUCCACCAGAAACUGUCCUGACACGGAGACACUCCUGAUCACUUGAGCACCUCGAGCUAAACACCUGACAGCACAAUGGCAUCACCAACCCCUCUGGCCAAGGCAAACACCAGCUUCUGCCUGGAUCUGUUCAAAAAGCUGGGUGACGACAGUGCAGCAAAUGUCUUCUUCUCCCCUUUUAGCAUCUCUUCAGCCCUGUCUAUGGUGUUCCUGGGGGCUGCGGGCAACACAGCAAAGCAGAUGUCCGAGGUCCUCCGCUUCACUGAGAAAGAGAAGCACCCGCCUGCAGAACAACAAAUGAUGCAGAUGCAGCAGAAGGCAGUAUUCACACUGCCACUCCAUCUGCAGAAGGUCCUGAAAACUCAGGAUUGUCUGGAUGAAAUCCAUGUUAACUUUGCCAAACUACUGGACGAGUUUAACAAGGCAGGCGCUCCUUAUGCCCUCAGUGUUGCCAACAGACUGUACGGGGAGCAGUCCUACCAGUUUGUUCAGGAUUUCAUUGGAAUGACUAAGGAGUUCUACAGUGCAGAGCUGGAGAGUGUGGACUUUAGGGGCAACUUUGAGGCGGCAAGGCUCAACAUCAACAGCUGGGUGGAGGACAAGACACAAGGUAAAAUCAAAGACAUGCUGGUACAGGGUGUGUUGGACAACAUGACCAGGCUGGUGCUGGUCAAUGCCAUCUACUUCAAAGGCAACUGGAACAAGCAGUUUCUGGAGUCUAGAACACAAGAUGCUCAGUUUAAAAUCAGCAAGAAUAACACCAAGACAGUGAAGAUGAUGCACCAGAAAAGCAAGUUUCCUUUAACCUACAUCCCUGAUGUCGACUGCCAGAUCCUAGAGAUGCCCUACAAAGAAAAGGAACUCAGCAUGCUCAUCUUCCUGCCCAACGAAACAGAAUGUGGAUCAGGUCUGGAGAAGCUGGAGAAGGCCCUUACCUAUGAGAACUUUGUGGAGUGGACUCGUCCAGACAUGAUGGAUGAAGUUGAGGUCCAGGUGGGGCUCCCACGUUUCAAGAUGGAGGAGAAGUAUGACUUGAAGAGUGUCCUGGUCAGUAUGGGCAUGGUGGAUGCCUUCAGCCCAGUAAGCAGUGACUUCUCUGGCAUGUCUCCUGGGAACGACUUGAUGCUGUCCAAAGUCGUCCACAAAGCUUUUGUGGAGGUCAACGAGGAGGGAACUGAGGCUGCUGCCAGCACUGCAGCAGUCAUGAUGCUGCGCUGUGCCAUGAGAACACCCCCCUUUGUGGCAGACCACCCCUUCCUCUUCUUCAUCCGACAUAACCCCUCCAUGAGCAUUCUCUUUGCCGGCCGAUACUGCUCCCCUGAGUGAGCGCUACAUCACUUAGAGCAGUGUGUUUCUACUGAAGGAGUGUUACAAUACAUCUACAAUUGCAACGGUAUAAACAUCUUUUUUGGGGGAUUACAAAAAGAAUGUUGAGAAUCACCGCUCCAGAGUUUCCUAUAGCUAAUCACACCCAGAGAUCCUGUCCUAUAUUUUCAACACUAGAAUGAUUAAAACUGUGGUGUUGGAUUUUCUGUGUCUGCAGUUGCCUGCAUUUUUACCCGAGUGAUUCUGUAUUCACACUCUGCCUUAAACAUUAGGUUCUUACACUGUUCUUUUGCACUUAAUCUCAUUCUUAGGAUCUGAUUUACUUUAUGCCUAUUAUACACACAUGGUCCUAUUAUGCUGCACCUGCACACCCUACCCUAUUUUAUCUAGACCAUUAAAGUCUGGUCUAUCUUAUCUCAUACCUUACACCCUCUAAAAGAAUUUGCCUUUAUUAGAAUUUCUAUAAUGCUGCUUUUUUCAGCCACCAGCGCAGACAUCGAUUGAAGGUGUGACAGUUGCAAGAUUCACACACCUUGCACUUUGCACACUUCUGCACUUUUCAUCUUUUUUAUAUAUGCAGUUACCAAAGAGAAUAAUGUGAUGAAAUCAUAUUGACUAUCAGGAGCAACAGCUUGUAUGAAGGUUUUUUAAGUAUCCUUAUGCUUUUAAUUAUGGAAUAAACUUGUGUGAAUGGCAAA